UGCUGGCUGAGCUGAGAGUGACAGUUGAAGUCCUUGACCAGUUCAGAAUGAAUAGGCAAUCGGUGUCUUCCUUAUAACUAGUGGUCUAUUGCGAUGCAAGAAGAGCUGCUGACCUUGAAAUAGAUGAGCAACUAAAAGGAAUCCAGGGAUCCCUCAAGAAACUGGCCAGGCAUGGAGCUCUCUCCAUGGCUCAUCUUGUUCAGUGUUCUGGUGCAGGCUUCUGUCAUCUUGGCCGAUACAAAUACACAAGACACUUCUGGUCUCAUUGGGAUUGCAGAUUCCUGGAAGUACAGGCCAUCAAACUGGGGUGGCGAUGAUCCAUGUGGUGACAAGUGGUUUGGGAUAAUUUGCAUUGGGGACCGGGUCACAUCUAUAAGACUGUCCGGGACUCUUGCUGGGGGGAAGCCUGGGACACUUUCAGGGGACAUUGAGUCUUUGUCCGAAUUACAGUUGUUGGAUUUAUCCCAGAACAAGAACCUGGGUGGUUCUCUUCCUUCAUCCAUUGGAACCUUGAGCAACCUCCAAAACUUAAUUCUUGCUGGCUGCAGCUUCUCUGGUGAAAUACCUCAAGAGAUUGGCCAGCUCUCGCAACUGAUAUUUCUAUAUUUGAACUCCAACAGGUUCACGGGUCCCAUACCGUCAUCACUUGGUAACCUCUCAAAGCUAUACUGGCUUGAUCUGGGUGAAAACAUGCUCACAGGAGAACUUCCCAUUUUCGAUGGGACAAAUCCUGGGUUGGAUAAUCUGACAAGUACAAAGCACUUCCACUUCGGAGUCAAUCAACUCUCUGGCACCAUACCACGUCAAAUUUUCAACUCAAACAUGAAGCUAAUACAUCUGCUUCUUGACAACAACAACUUCUCUGGUAGCAUCCCCCCUACUUUAGGACUUCUUAAGACGCUGGAAGUUUUACGUUUCGAUAGAAACAAUCAGUUGUCUGGGCCAGUUCCGACCAACAUCAACAACCUCACCAAGCUUAUUGAACUCCAUCUAGAAAACAAUAAACUCACUGGUCCACUGCCAGAUCUGACAGAAAUGAAUUCACUCAGCUUUGUGGACAUGAGCAACAACAGCUUCAAUGCAUCUCCUGCAUCUGAUGCUCCAUCUUGGUUUACUGCUUUGCCAGCUUUGACUUCAUUAUACCUAGAAAAUCUGCAAAUUGGUGGGCAGCUCCCGCAAGCUCUUUUCAGCCUUCCUGCAAUUCAAACACUGAGGCUCCGGGGAAACCAUUUCAAUGGCACGCUAGAUAUUGGAUCAGAUUUCAGUACUCAGCUCCAAACAAUAGAUUUGCAGGACAAUAAUAUCACAGCCAUCACUGUCGGGGGAACCCAAUACAAUAAGAUACUCAUACUUUCAGGAAAUCCAUUUUGCGACCAAGGGAGCAACAACCAAUACUGCAAAACCACCGGGCAACCUAAUUCGGGGCCGCCGCCAUAUUCUACUGCUAAGAACUGUGCUGGACUGCCUCCGACAUGCCUCUUGAGACAGCUUCUGAGCCCAAGCUGCACGUGUGCUGUGCCAUAUAAAGGCACACUUAAAUUCAGAGCACCAACGUUUUCUGACCUCGGCAAUGAAUCGUACUAUCUUCUGCUAGAGAAGGAUAUGACAACCAAAUUGGUGUUUUACAAGACCCCAGUGGACUCAGUUGCUCUUUAUAAUCCAUCAAUUGAUGUGACCAACAGCUUGGUGAUAAGCUUGGAGGUGUAUCCCAGUGGUAAGGUUCAGUUUGUCGAGCAGGAUAUUGCGGACAUUGGGUUCCUUUUGACUAAUCAGACUUACAAGCCACCUCCUGUUUUUGGUCCAUACUUUUUCAUCUCCCAAAGCUAUCCUCUUGCAAAUGAGGGUUUUGUGGCGUCUAAAUCAAAGAAGAACAAGUUGCCGCUUAUCGUCGGAGUUGCAGCCGGUGGUGCUGUUCUUGUUGCAAUAGUGCUCAUUCUUAUUGUUGUCAUCGCCAGAAGGAGGAAAAAAACAAACAGGACUGAAGAGAGAAGCCAGUCUUUUGCGUCUUUGGAUAUGAAGAGCACCAGCACCAGUGUGCCGCAACUGCGCGGCGCGCGUAUUUUUACAUUCGCUGAACUGAAGAAGAUAACCAAUAACUUCUCGGAGGCGAAUGACAUUGGAAACGGCGGAUUUGGGAAGGUUUACAGAGGGACACUUCCCACUGGGCAACUGGUUGCUGUCAAGAGAUCCCAGGAGGGAUCCCUGCAGGGAAACCUGGAGUUCAGAACCGAGAUUGAGCUCCUGUCCAGGGUUCACCACAAGAAUGUGGUCAGCCUCGUCGGUUUCUGCCUUGAUCAGGGCGAGCAGAUGCUAGUGUACGAGUACAUCCCCAAUGGCACACUGAAAGAGAGCCUCACAGGGAAGUCGGGCGUGCGGCUGGACUGGAAGCGGAGGCUCCGUGUCAUCCUGGGUGCCGCGAAGGGCAUCGCCUACCUGCACGAGCUCGCAGAACCCCCAAUCGUCCACCGGGACAUCAAAUCAAGCAACGUUCUCCUUGACGAGCGAUUGAACGCUAAGGUUGCAGAUUUCGGCCUCUCCAAGCUUCUAGGCGAGGAAAGAGGGCAGGUCACCACUCAAGUGAAGGGCACAAUGGGUUACUUGGACCCUGAGUACUACAUGACGCAGCAGCUGACGGAGAAGAGCGACGUGUACAGCUUCGGGGUGCUGCUGCUGGAGGUGAUCACGGCAAAGAAGCCGCUGGAACGCGGGCGGUACAUUGUCCGGGAGGUGCACGCGGCGAUGGACCGGAGCAAGGACCUGUACGGGCUGCACGAGCUGCUGGACCCGUUGCUGGGUGCUUCGCCGUCGUCGCUGGGCGGGCUGGAGCAUUACGUGGACCUGGCCCUGCGCUGCGUGGAGGAGGCCGGCGCCGACCGCCCGUCCAUGGGCGAGGCGGUGAGCGAGCUGGAGCGGAUCACGAGGCUGGCCGGCGGCGUCACCGAGUCGGCGUCAGAGUCCAUGAGCUACGCCAGCAGGACGCCACGCCACCCGUACGGAGGGGACAGCGCGUCCGAGUACAGCGGCGCCGGGCUGCCGUCGUCGAGGGUGGAGCCCAAGUGAAGCCACCUGAAAUGAAUGCGUGAUCUGAAGUGUGAUGCGUGAUCUGAAGUCUGAAGCCACCUGGGAUUUCUUCAGGGAAGCUGGUACAGUACCUGAAAUGAAUUUGUAUUGUGGUAUGUUUGGUACAGCUACUACCUGGGUAUAUCUGUGUAAAUUUUGACUGAAGCGACGUUAGGUGAUGUAUAAACUAGAAGCGUGUUAUGAUU